AUGGGCGGCAAAUACAAGCUCAUCAUCCUCCGCCACGGCCGCAGUGAAUGGAACGAGAAGAACCUCUUCACCGGCUGGGUCGACGUCCCACUGAACGACGAAGGCCGCAAAGAAGCCGUCCAAGCCGGCAAGCUCCUGAAACAAGAAGGCUGGCUCCCAGACUUGCUCUACACAUCUCUCCUCCGUCGAGCAAUCGUCACCGCCAACCUGGCCCUGGACGAAGCAGAUCGUCUCUGGAUCCCGGUCAAACGCCACUGGGCGCUGAAUGAACGGCACUAUGGAGGUCUUCAGGGUCUGAACAAGGCUGAAGCGGCUGAGAAGAAUGGCGAGGAACAAGUUCAUCUUUGGAGGCGCUCGUAUGAUGUUCGGCCGCCGCCUACUUCUGAGGAUUACCGCAAAUUGGAAGAUGAUGGACGGUAUUCUUCGCAGGGGAUCUCUGUGCCGCCGACGGAAUGUUUAAAGGAUGUCUUGGAGAGAGUGUUGCCAUAUUGGAAGAGUGACAUUGUGUCUGAUCUUAAGUCAGGCAAAACGGUUCUGAUUGCAGCGCACGGGAAUUCUUUGAGAGCACUGAUGAAGGAUCUGGAGGGCAUUAGUGACAAGGACAUUCCUGGCGUGGAGAUACCGACUGGGGUGCCGAUCUUGUACGAGCUGGACGACGACCUCAAAGGAAAGGGAAGGCAUCUCGGUUGA